AUGUUCUUUUGGCGACGAGAGGUUGAUCGGUGGGUGGUGCUGGUGAUUGUGCGUGGGGAGAAGAGGUGGUCUGAUUUUCUGAACGCAACUCAACUGCGGCCAUGGCACCAGGCGACAUGUAGCCGACGUCACCUUACGCCCCACGUCGGUAUCGGUUGUGAUCCUGUCCGCGUCAUAGUGUUUGAUUUGCCCUGUCAGUCCGUUUUCAGGAGAUUGGGGAAGGAUGUUCAGGAUUCAAUGGCUUUUUGGGUCAGGAACGCUUGCACCUUGGUGGUCGAGAGGUCUCAGUCAGCGGAGGAAGUACGGAGAAAAACUGCUGCUCAGAGUUCAGAGUCGGGGCAGCAGCGGGCCGAGCAGAAUCGCCGCUUCGGGACACGGUACGGUACCUUCAAGGUACGUAUCCAGCACCGUCGGCAGCUGCCGUUUGCCGGCCCGGGCUACGUAUCUACGGUGUCCAUGGCGAGCCAAGGUGAAGACGGUGACUAG